GCAGCAGCAGGUGGAGGAGUGGCGGGAGUGCGGCCAAGAUGGCGGCUCCAGGUGGCGCGGCGGAGGAGGCGCGGCGUGACAGCGGGAGGCGGGAUGACUCGCUGGAUACUCUCCUCUCCUGCUUGCCCCUCACCCCCUCGCUUUCCCCACGGAAAAGGACCACAAGCCAGUCAAAGACUGAACCGCCCCUGCUCAGGACCAGCAAACGGACCAUCUACACGGCAGGGCGGCCCCCCUGGUACAAUGAGACAGGCACGCCUUUCAAGGAGGCCUUUGUGAUCGGCUUGUGUGGCGGAAGCGCAUCAGGCAAGACCACAGUGGCCAACAAAAUCAUCGAAGCUUUAGAUGUGCCUUGGGUGGUGCUGCUCUCUAUGGAUAGCUUUUACAAGGUGCUGAACAAGGAAAAGCAGCAGCAGGCUGCUUGUAACGAGUACAAUUUUGACCACCCUGACGCCUUUGAUUUUGACCUACUGAUCAGUGUCUUAAGGAAACUCAAAGUGGGAAAGAGUGUUAAAGUUCCAGUCUAUGACUUCACCACACACAGCCGGCGCAAGGAGUGGAAAACUGUCUACGGGGCCAAUGUCAUUGUCUUUGAAGGGAUUCUGUCCUUUGCCAAUAAGGAGCUUCUGCAGCUCCUGGACAUGAAGGUGUUUGUGGACACAGACUCAGACAUCCGACUAGUGCGACGGCUGAAGCGGGACAUCAUGGAGCGUGGGCGGGAUGUGGUCGGUGUCAUCAAGCAGUACAGCAAGUUUGUGAAACCGUCCUUUGAACAGUACAUUGAGCCCACUAUGCAGGCAGCGGACAUCGUUGUGCCCCGGGGUGGGGAGAACUUUGUUGCUUUGGACUUGAUUGUUCAGCAUGUGCACAGCCAGCUGGAGAAGAGGAAGCUACGCUGGCAUAUAGCAGCUUUGGCCUCAGCCCACCAGGGACAGCCACUGCCAAAGACGCUGAGCGUCCUAGAGAGCACGCCGCAAGUCCGCGGGAUGCACACCAUUAUCAGGAACAAAGAUACCACCAGGGAUGAGUUCAUCUUCUACUCCAAGCGACUUAUGCGUUUGCUGAUAGAGCACGCCCUCUCCUUCCUGCCACUAAAGCCAGUGACCGUGGAAACACCGCAGGGGACAGUCUACGAGGGAAAGCGUUUUCACAGGCAGAGGAUCACCGGUGUCUCCAUCCUGCGUGCAGGCGAGACCAUGGAGCAGGCCCUCACAGCCGUCUGCAAGGACAUCCGCUUGGGCAAGAUCCUUAUCCAGACCAACCAUGACACAGGGGAACCUGAGUUGCACUACCUCCGACUACCCAAGGAAAUCAGCGAGGAUUAUGUCAUCUUGAUGGACAGCACCGUGUCCACAGGGGCUGCUGCCAUGAUGGCUGUGCGGGUGCUGCUUGAUCACGACGUCCAGGAGGACAAGAUCUUCCUCCUUUCGCUGCUGAUGGCUGAGAUGGGGGUCCAUUCCGUGGCCUACGCCUUCCCCCGCGUACGUAUCAUCACCACGGCUGUGGACAAGAAAGUCAACGAGGAAUUCCACAUCAUCCCUGGCAUUGGCAACUUUGGAGACAGAUACUUUGGCACUGAUAGUACCGCGGGUUGGUACGAGAGUGACGGCGUGGACUGCUGAGCUUGUUCGCUGGAGCAGCACUUCAUCUCUUUGGUGGUGGUGGUGGGGGCAUGGUGGAGGGGGCAUGCCUGCAGGCAGCCUUGCCACGGGCACUGCCACAAGGACCACUGCAGCUGUUAGCAGAGCCACAGUUCUGCAGGUGCCUCCUUCUCUGGCGAAUCAGAUGGAGAACUGCUGCUGCCACCUCCUUGUCCAUACAGUCCCCUCUUGAUAUUUAUUGGUAUUUAUAGGGUACCUGGUUUCCCUCCUGGCACUCCGGCUACUGUGCUGGCUGGAUUUAUUGAGGCCUGACGUGGUAGCCCAGGGGCUCUGUUUGAGGGGACUAUCCCACAGUAGCCCCUAAAUUGUCCCAGUACCCCAUUUAUGCUCUUUAUGGCUCUCUCACAGGCUGGGCAGGGCUUGAUGCAAGCAGGCCUCCGCAGUACGACCCUGAUGUUCUGGUCUGGGAGGCUUCUCUGGCUGUUGCCUCGUUCACAACCUUCCUUUCUGGGCACAUUGCCACCCCAACCCUUCCUCUGAAAAGGGCCGCACCAGCCUUCAGCGCUGCCAACAUGGCAAUAAGGGAUCCAUCCUGGGGGCAGACCACUGCUUCCCUUCUGCCCAGAACUGGGCCUAUUUUCCUCCAAGUGACUAUUGACUUGGAACGGACUCUGGUCACCUGCACACUCCCUUUGUCCUCUUUGCAGAUGGGUGAAUGGGGAGCGAGGGGCUGUCCUGCCCACCCUCUCACCUGCUCUGUAUUGUCAGUACUGUACUCAGCUGCCUUCCUUGCUUUUGUACGUGAUAAUAAAGACCUACACAAA